UCAAAUUGACUGACACGCGGCCUUGCUGUGUGGGAUCUAUCAUUUACCGUGGCAACGUGGUUAUGCGUUGGUUUUAGUUACAUAAUAUUAUUAUAUCGAAGAGCGUGGCCAUUGGCGGUAUAUCGGCGUGGCAAUGUAGAGCCGAUCAUUUUCUUUUUGUGAUCUACCUGUACGCUUUUUGAGGGUCACUCCUUAAGGGAUACGUUCCAGAGAGAGAUAAGGAUCUGUAUUUGUGUUUACCCAAUUUGUGUUUACAAUCGGGUGUUAAUUUUUGUCAAUUCUAUAGACUAUAAGUGUCUCGGCCAAGGAGUUGUUUGGGAUAUUGCUGCUGUAUUUAGGUUAUGACGCGACUUAUGAAAGAGAUACUAAUAUGACAUUAUUCAACAUACAUUACUACGGAGGCCCAGACGUGCAUCAACUAGGUAGGUUACAGGUAGGGCAUCUCGACUAUCAAUCGUGGGGAAGAAAGUGGUAAAAAUAUUUCAUCUACACAACCUUCUACAUCAUCUGUCAUUGUUUUGUGUUUGAACUUGGGUGUUUAUGAACAUUGUCAUUUAUGAUAACUGGAGUAUACGGGGAGUGUUCAAUAUUGACUUAAAGGCCUAUACACUGACUACAGAUCACAGGAAUAAAAAUGGCUGAACAUAACCGUCAUGUGUGUAGUAUUUGUUUAAAUAAUUUUGUAAAACCUAAAAUAAUAGACUGUCAUCAUACUUAUUGUCUACAUUGUCUCCAGGAUUACGUUAAAAAGUCGGCUAAAAAUAACAAGUUUUUAUGUCCACUGUGCCGUAUGGAGAUAGAAAUACCAGAAGGUGGAGUGAACAACUUUUCUACUAAUAUUUAUAUCGAGGGUGUGUGUGUGAAGAAGCAAAUCAAAACGGAUAUACCAGCAUGCGACAUAUGUGUAAAGGUCCAAUCACAGUUUCGAUGUAGCGAUUGUGAACAAUAUAUGUGUCAAUCGUGUAAAAUAACCCACGAUUCACUUGCGGGUUGUAGGUCACAUGUUUUUUUCAGUUUAAACGAUAACGCAGAUGAUAAAUUACAGCGACGAACAUUUUGUAAGAAACACAUAUCGACAGAAUUAGAGUUUUAUUGCAGAGAUUGUAAAACAAGUAUUUGUAUGAAAUGUUUGAUGUCCAAACAUAAAGACCACAACACACCGGAUUUAAAAGACUUUAUCGAAGAAACCAGAAAAAUAUUGGCUCCCAGGAAAGAUAAGAUGGAAGGUAAUCUAACUAAAUUGAAAUCUGAAUUAGAGACAAUUCAAUGUAAAAUAUCAAAUGAACGCAAACAUUUAAACCAUUCUUGUGAAAUCGUUGAUAGGCAUGUACAAGCGGUAUAUGCAACGUUGGUGGAUUCGGGAAACCAGGUGAAGAAUAAAAUGGAGGCCGUAUAUUGUACCAAUGAACUGAAGCUGGAAGAUAUUAAAAUCCCGAAAGUAAACGCGAUACGUGAUUUAGAAGCCAGUAUAAGUUAUACCGAGGGUGUCUUGAAGACUCAAUCCAUUGAAGAAAUGUUAAAAUUAUCACGCGAUAUCAAGUCAAUACCACAAGUGAAAGAAACUGAUGAAAACUUUACACUUCCAGAUCUGCAAUUGUAUAGGCUGAACGCCAUCGAAACAGUAACUCGCCCAGUUUCUUCUCUUGCCCAUGGUACUGUAAUCUAUUUUGAUUCAAAUGGUAAAGCCAGGGACCAAAAACAAUGUUAUACAAAAACAAGAUGGGAAACAAUGUGUAGAUUCAUAUAUUACUAUUACAGAUUAAUGUAUUGUUAUUAUUUAAUGUCUUUUCCGUGGAUUUACCCUAUCUAUUUGAUCAUCAUGUGUUUUAAGGUUCUCUUUGGUAUUUUUGUAUGGGUGCGUUUCAUGCGUUGGCUUGGACAGCCAGAAUAUAAACAUAAAAAAACAACUUUCUUUGAAGAUGCUACUGUGGCGUAUAAUUGGGUACCGGUAGCACAGCAAUUCAAUUAUUGUAUUUGUAAUAUUUUUUCAAACACAGAGGGCUUUGAGGUUAAUUUUAGUAAAGAUGAUCUUCAGUCAGGUAUGUGUACGUGUAGAAGUCCCGAUUAUAUACGCUACGGUUGUCGUUGGUACAUAGUCCUAUCGUCAGACAGUAAGGUAGUUGAUUUGCAGAUAUGUAGAGAUAAUCACGACUGUUGUGGCGACACACUUUUUGGUAUCAGGAUUGUUGAUGCUUAUGGUUUUCACAUGUCUUUAACUAAAAUAGACAGGUAUGGCCAUUCGAGUUCAUGUUAUAAUUGGCCACGUGCCAUUAAAUUAAAGAACCUAUGCAAUGAGAAAUUUAAGAUACAAAUUGUUAUAUUCGAGAAAGACGAAUUUAUUUAUCGGUGAAAUGAAAUGGGGUUUAACGUCCUACUUUUCUGAAAAACAAGUAUGUCAUUUAUGAUGAUAAAGGUGCUCAUAAAUGAAUCCUUGGCAGAUGGCACGCGAUUACAACUAGACGGAUUUGCCGCUGCCCAAUCGAAAUCCCCCCCCCUUAAAUUGCGCAACCAUUGAAAUUACAAAUGCCAUGUAUCAGUCUCAAAAAGACCGAGGUAUUGCGUAUACCCCAUUUUAAUCUUUAUUAAAAGUAAAACAGUUGAUUUACAGAUAUAUUCUCUUUGGUGUCCGGAUUCUUAAUGAUCAUGGUACUGUCAUAUCUUUAACAAAAAUCGACAUUUAUACGUCUUCGCGUUCAUGUUAUAGUUGGCCAUGUGCCAUUAAAUUAAAUGAACUAAUCAUUGAUGAUGUAGUUAAAAUACAGAUGGUUUUAUUUUAGAAAGAUGGUUUUAUUUAUCGGUGAAAUGAAAUGGGGUUUAACAUUCUACUGUUCUGCUUCGACUGGGCUAAUGAAGACGAGUAUAUGGCAUACAUCGUGCUAUGAGGGACAUUUUGCCCGGACAGCGGCACAACGGCCUACUCUUAUAUCGAAUUCCAACUGGCAAGGGAUCUUUCACGUGCACGCCAAUGUGUACACGGAACCUCAGUUUUUCGUCCCAUCUAAACGACUAUACAAUAUGUACACACGGGACCUAGAUGCCCUAUAUUCCUGUAAGUUAUAGAUGCCCUAUAUUUAUGUGAGUUAUAGAUGCCCUAUAUACAUGUAAGUUAUAAAUGCCCUAUAUUCAUGUAAGUUAUAGAUGCCCUAUAGUUAUGUAAGUUAUAGAUGCCCUAUAUUCAUGUAAGUUAUAGAUGCCCUAUAUUUACGUAAGUCAUAGAUGCCCUAUAUUCAUGUAAGUUAUAGAUGCCCUAUAUUCAUGUAAGUUUUAGAUGCCCUAUAUUUACGUAAGUUAAAGAUGCCCUAUAUUCAUGUAAGUUAUAGAUGCCCUAUAUUUACGUAAGUUAUAGAUGCCCUAUAUUCAUGUAAGUUAUAGAUGCUCUAUAUUUAUCUAAGUUAUAAAUGCCCUGUAUUUACGUAAGUUAUAGAUGACCUAUAUUUAUGUGAAAUGGAACGAAUCAAGACUGUUUAUAUGUAAUUAUGUGUAUAUUAUUAUAUUUUGUACAUAUAUCUGUAGCGUGAGGGCUUCCAAAUGGGUCUAGCCCUUUCUCGAAUAAAAUAUAUUUUUUUAAAAACAGUAGACCGUAUGUCUAAGUUAUUAUUAAAUGGCCUUUAUUAGCAUGUAUAAAUAGCAUAUUUUCACGUGGGCGUUAUUAUUUAUUAGCAUGUAUAAAUAGCAUAUUGUCACGUGGGAGCUAUUAUUAAAUGGCCUUUCUUAGCAUGUAUAAAUGUAUUAUUGUCAUUUAGUAAUAAAUCUACAUUCUUAGCAUGCAUAUAAUAUUGUCAUGUAGCAGUUAUUAUUAAUUGCCCUUUCUAAGCAUAAAUAAAAAGCAUAUUGUAAAUGAGUAAAUGUCCUUUGUUAGCAUGUUUAAAUAUAGUAUUAUUAACAUGUGUAAAUAGUAUAUUGUCACGUGGAAGGUAUUAUUAAAUGUCCUUUGUUGGCGUGUAGAAAUAGAAUAUUGUCACGUAGUUGUUAUUGAUAAAUGUCCUUUAUUAGCAUGUAUCAAUAGCAUAUUGUCACGUGGCCGUUAUUAUUAAUUGCCCUUUCUUAGCAUAAAUAAAAAAGAUACUGUAAACGAGUAAUUGCUUAAAGAUGCAUUAUGUAAUAUUUAACUAAAAAACUGUCAGUUCUUGCUGUAAUAGUUCCAAAAUAAAUAAUUCAAAAUUAAUAUAUUGAAAAUUUCAUUCAAAUUAUUUUAUUCUGGGCGAUGUUUCAAAUUGCUGUUGGAAGUUUUGACAUUGACUGUUUAUUAUCGCAGCAACGUUACUUGUUAAUCGAGACAUCUGCGCCAUCCGAUGGUCUAGUGAGUUGAUUAUAGGCCUGUCAUGUGAGUAAAUGUCUAAAUAAUAAGUUAUAUAACAUUUAGAGCCAAAAUAAAGACCUGUAAUACCCUAUUUUAGCGUCCUUUCUUAGCAUGAAAAAAUAUCGUAUUGCCAUAUAGUAAUAGUUAAUAAAUGUCUUUUUUUAGCAUAAAUAAUUAUCAUAUUGUUAUGUAGAAAUGUCCUUUCUUAGCACGAAUAAUUAUCAUAUUGUCAUGUAGUAAUUAUUAUUAAAUACAUUUUCUUAGCAUGAAUAAAUAUCAUA